GGUGGUGGUGGUGGUGGUGGUGGUGGUGGCGGUGGUGACGUCGGUGGUAGUGGUAGCGACGAAAGGGAGGCGAAAGAGAGAGGAAGAGGAGGGCGAAACACGUGGUCCGCGAGGAAGCAGUCAGGAGACGAGGUGCGUGUGCGACUUAGUUACGCUCCUGGCGCGCACGUGCGUAUACGUGUAUAUUCGCGGGCGCUUCCGCAUGGUGGUACGUGUGUGAGUGACGAAAAUCGGAGUGAUCUUACCGGCGGUAGUAACGGUUCGCGAUUGUUAUGGGACUGUGGACGUGUGUCCUCUUUGACUUUGCUCCAAGAGCUGUAACGUGCCUGGUGACCUACGUGCCGACGCGAUCUUUCGCGAAAAGCUCGAAAUUGUGAAACGAUUCACGCGAGGAUUCGUCGUCGUCGUUUCUCUCAUUUAUUCGAGCGAGUUCCGAUCGUUCCUCUCGCGCCCGUCGGACGACUACAUCCCUGACCGCCAAGUCGGUCUGUUGACUCCGGUGGUGUGAUUCGCUCUUCGCGUCUCCCUCGCUCCGUCCCUUCUUGGCUACAUUCUCUCUCUCUCUCUCUCUUUCUCUCGCACGUGGAAGUGAGAAAGAGGGGACUUGCGCGCGCGUGCGCGCGCGCGGGCGGGCGCACUCGACGCGAGGUCGCUUGUGUUUGGAACGUCGUGAACUUUUCUGCAAUGUGACGACGCGCGGGGAAUGAAUGGUCAGUAGCGUCAUGUCGCAGCGGUACACGCGCCUAGGAGCGGGUGCGCGACCGGAGUACGUACGAGCGCCGGCCGCGGCGUCCUGAGUCGGCGAUACGCACGGCCGGAGCGGAGCGACGACCGUUGGAAAGAUGCCGGCGGCGGCGGCGGCGACGCGACCGCCGCACCACGACGACGACGACGACGACGACGGGCUCUUGUUGUUGUUGCCGCUCUUUCACCGAGAAGACCAUGACGAGCUCACGACCGCGCGCGGUACCCCGCGACCGACGAUCGACUCCUGAAGCGAAGCGUGCCGCGGUCUCCCGAGUGUGAGUGUGUGUGUGCGCGUGUGUGUGCCUUCGUCGCGCGCGAACCGGCCGGACGUCCGUGUGCGUCUCGUCUACUGUGCUGCGUGUACUGGUUUAGGUUAGGUGUGCCGGCACAUAACCUUCAAGCGCGAGCACGGCACGGAGAGAACCUGAGAACAGCCAGCCUCCGUCGAGCUGCGCGUUACCGUCCUGCAAUUAUUAUCAUUCGCGAGAACCUUUGGCCAACGAGUUUGUGCGCUCUCUCGUUUCAACUUUCGUGUCGGAUUUUCUACGCAGUGGAUGAUCGCUGAGAUGGAAUGAGCUGGGUGACCACUGGGGGACAAUGAAGGCCAAUGGGACGAACAAUGGCUGUAGCCGCCUAAACACACCAUUGGCAGCCACCACCACGCUGGAGGAUCCCGGUACACCAGCCUCCUGGAAGGGCCCGCCGCCCGGUUCGGAGGCAUCGCCCUUUACGCCCAAUUCCGUUGGCCAGGGUGGUGGUCCUGGCUCAGGUCCAUACAACAACACGGGCGGCCCACCUAGUAAUGCGGGCUUCCAAGGGCCGAGUCCAUUUCCCGGUAGCGCCGGUAGUCCAGCCGGGGCACCGCCGUACCAGGGCCCGCCGCCGGGUUCGGCGACGCCGCAGUACACCGCGUCCCCCGCGCCGAGCGGCUCCUCGACGCCCGGUCCAGGACCACCGCCUAAUUCCACCGGUUUUCCACCACCUCCGAACAAUUCCGGUCCACCGUACAACGGGCCCGGGCCCAGUCCAUUCGGCUCACCUUCCGGUGCGCCACCGCAAUUCGUCGGUCGGCCCGGCUCCUCGGGACCACCGUUUGUACCACCUGGUGCCGGUAAUCCGCAUUUUCCCUCGCACGGCCAGCCAUUCGGCGGACCACAGUACGGUAUACCACCCGGAAGUCCGUUUGGACCAGGAGGACAUCCUAUGGCUGGACCUAUGGGACCUGGACAUCCGAUGAUGGGACCCGGCGGCCCUGUCGACAGGAUGGAUCAAGGGUAAGUUUAUUCUGAUUUCUGUCGCAUGUUUUCAAUACAUUUGUUACAAAGCAAGUAAUUGUUCUAUAUCAAUAUUCAAGUACGUGGAAUUAUUACAAUAUCAUGUUUCAAUUUCAAACAAUUUUUUGCUAUAUAAUAUUUAUAGGAAAAGAGUGCUUUUACUAUGCACACAUGCUGAUCGUCUCUUAGAUAUUGAGAUAGAACUUUACCUCGCUCUGUUUUGCAAUUGUACAAUUCACGUUCAAAUCACCGACGUUCGACAUUACACUCGCGGAUCAAAGUGAAUGGUUAAAGUUUGCUAUGAAACAAUAACACCCUCAAAUAUUAUUCCUACCGCGAAUGUGCAAAUUGUGAUAAACCCCGUUACGGAAAUCGCGGACGUUAGAACGUAUUACUUUAAAUUAAGCUGCAUUUUCUAAUUAUAUAGAAAACUUUGGAAAGAUUUUAUGCACUGAGAAAUGGAGCGCGAUUUGUAGAGAAAGUUGCACGCAGCAGCGGUUACGCUAAUGAUUAUUAAUCGUAGUGAAAGUUGCUAUUAUUCUGAUUUGCAGUAAUUUUAGGUUAGAGAAUGUAGAAUAUUUAGGAAAUAUGAACGUAAAGUUUUACGAUCUACGUUUUAACGUAGCGAAUCAACGGAAACGUAUAUUUUUUUUAUUCGCGAUAUAUUAUUGGAAAAAAACUAUUUUACAUUAUUUCUUCUUUACAUCUAGAUUAUUUAUAUACACAUAGUACAAAUAAUAUAUUUAUAAUAAAAAAUGAAGUACUAACGUAAUAUAAUGAAUCAUAGUAUGAUUCUAUUAUGACGAUAUAUAUUCUUAAUUCUUUAUUGUCUAUAAUACAGUUUUCAAAUUUAUAUAUAUUUGUUUUAUUAUUAUUUUAUUUGUUUUACGCUUCUUUAUCUUUUUAUUUUUACUUAAAUUUUUACAUUAUUAUCGAUUACUUCAAUAUGUCAAGAUAAAAAGAGAAAUCCAUUCGUACAUUUUAUGUCUUUAGAAAAAUUAUAUUUUUUUAUUUAAUUUAUCUGUACACUUUCUAUCUCUUAAUAUCUUUUAUUGCACAUUCUCUUAAACAUUUUAAAACAGAGAAAGUCAAAAUGUGAAAAGGAGAAAUUAAUUAUCAAUUUGUUAAACUUGCGCGAGUAUCUGUGAUGCGUUUGGAAGGCCUAGACCAAGACAUCAAUAUAAUUGAGAUGUAAUUAAAAAUAGAUAAAUAAGCCCGAUAGAUAAAUUAAAUCUAUUUAUUAGAAAUAUUUUUGGGAGGGAGAUUUUCUGAGAAAUAAACUUUACAUUGUCAAAGUGAUUUUUUCGUGUAGAUAUAUAUAUAUAUUUUUUUUUUUAAUAAAAAGGGAUAUCAACGAUACAAAAAGUAUGCGCGAGAGUGUAAGAGAAAUAAGAGAAUAGGGUGCACGUCGGGUGUGUUGACAUUUCUAGAUAACAUGGGCCACAGGUAGCCGGCGUUAUUUACUGCUCGUCUCCCGGUCGGUCCGCAUUCUUACCGAUAAUCCUGCUCGGGUACGCUCGCAUUUACGCCCUUCGGAUUCGUCUUAAUCGUUUGCAUCGAGUCGUGAUUGCCGUUGUCCGAGACAAACACGUGGAGCUUUCGUACGCUCGACUAACUUAUCACGUGCUUCGGGCACUGCACGCAGCAGCCCGGAGGAGAGCCUUCUCUCUUACUCGUGCGCACACACGCACGCACACACACGCACACUCCGUAUGCGGAGAAGCACGCGGGGUUGCUCGGUCGAGAACGGUGGAAACCAGUUUUUCGAAUAGUUUUGUAACAAGCAUCCGGGGCUGUUACGCGCCCCGGAUUCGAUCGGUCGAAUCGGGGAAUGAGGCGGAACGUAUUAUUCGAAACUUGCACGAUGCGCGCGAUGAGGCUGGAAUGCGAGAUGGAUCGGGACGGAAAAAAUCCGUUACGGCUCUAAUAGUUCUCGGUUACGUACAUAUGCAUGUGGGACUAUGGGCUAAUACCCGCCGCGGUAUAUAACCGGGAUCAUUUUUAGGCGCGGACACGUUCGAUGGAAACAGUUGCGACACAUAGGUACACUCGUCAAAUAUAAGCGGAAAGGAGGAUGCAUUUGCACGUGUAUGCGUGUGUGGGGUGUACGCACGAUGCGCGCGCCCACGUGCCCCUAGCGUGGCGGUGGGUGCGAACGCGCGCGGUGUGCUCGUCGGUGUGUGGAAUAUUCUAAAUUCCGGCAAACCACCGAACCGAUUGCGUCAAACAUGCGGACAGACGCGAUACGCGAGUAACGCGAAGGAACUUUCCGCGUUUUCAAACGCGAGAAUGAAAUUGCAUAAAGGAAACCUCUAAUUGUAUAUGUCGCGCGAUACAUGCGAAGCAACAGUAGCUCUAUAAGAGCAAAUGCUUUACAACGAUAAAGCGUUAUGUUUCAAUGGCGGGUUUACAAACAUUUUUAAGAUAUUUCAAAUUUCGUGUUAGAGACUGUUUUUUAUCGCGUAAUAAAUGAUGAUUUUUACACUCCAAUUAAAAAUCGCUAUUAUUAAUACAUAUUGUAUUGUAUAUGUGUAUGAUUGAUUGUUCUACAAUUUGUUAGUAUUUGAGAUUAUUACGUAUAAAAAUUUAUGCAAUAUUUUCUAAAAGGAGAAAUUAAAAAAUAGAUAUGAAUCAUUAAAACAACAAUUUUAACUAAUUUUUUCUCGUUGGGCGAGAAGUAAAAAUCGCGUAAAAAUCACUCUGGCUGACUAUUUCCAAUUUAAACCUUAAGAGCAUAAAUCAAAAUCUUCUUUCGCUAUCUUUUGCAAUUUCAUGGAACGAAGCUUUAAUUCGAUGUUUAAUUGAUAGGUAGUCGAAAAACUCGAGCUUUUUUAUAUAAGUUUCCGAGAAGGAAAGUUUCUCGACUCGAAAUUCGCUAGGGAUUCGAAAGAGCGAUACAAUCGGAAAAUGUAGGCUGUAUUAAUAUGAUAUUUUAUAACCUUUGACAUUUGACGAAUAUAUUCAUACGUAUUUGUAACGUAUAUUCGAUAACGAUACUCGAUAUCGACGCGUUUCAAAAACUCAAUUUUAAGGGAUCGUGUUUGGCGGUACGUCGAUGAAGAAUGCGUGGGAAGUAGAACAACAUCAUUAGCGAACGGCGUUAUAAGCUCUCCGUUGUUCUCCGGAGGGAGUUGAAACGAGGUGAGCCGCGAAUAAACGUAACUUAAAAAGGAAGUUUUGCUAGCAAGGCGCGCCACGUGGGUGGGUGACGACGUACACAUUCAUUUCACAUUUCCCGUGCCAUCGAGCGGCCUUAGAAAAUUAAUAUUGCGAGUCAAAUGCCAUUUGUUCUUCCCGUAUUAAAAUGAACUCGGAAUGGCCGCGGCCGACCGAUCGUGUCCGAUGGAAAUUAAUAUCGCGUAUUCCAACGGCGCUAUUACGCGAGACAAAUAACGCUCGUAUUUCAAAUGAAAGACGCGACAAUUAUCGAUACCUUCUUAUUGCACGUGGCGAGAAGGCAAUUUGAUAAUGGUAAAAUUUAUGAUAAGGAAUUGUUUCGUAUUUUUCUCAAAGUAUGAUUUUACCUCGAUUUCUGCACAGCCUCGUUCGGCGUUGCGUAAAUUUAUAGUGAUAACGACGGAAGAUCGUUCAAUAGAGCGUCGUAUUGAAUUACCGGAAUAUUUUUCUGAGAACAAGGAUUAUUGCACUGGUACGAGCAUAAUCGGCGCGGGCGCGCGUCUAGAUGGAAUUUAUUAUAGCCUCGCGGUGCACGGAAGUCGCGCAUGUCAUUAAUCAGCCCCGCCGCAUCUCGGAGACACGAUAGAUUGCCUUUAAUCAGUCUAAUUAGCGAUAUAUACGAAGAUUAUUAAGUAGCCACGGGCCGAGACAGUGGUGGCGCGGCGCGGAGGUGCGCUACCGCCGACGAUUUAUGAAAUUGAAACGAGUCGACAGAGUCGAGCGAGAUGCAGUUUCGCUAACAUGAAUUUUAAUUCCUGUCCACUCUUAAUUAACUUACAUAAAUUAUAGGGUAACCCUAUAAUUUCGUCGACAUUGAAUAAUCGUCCACCUGUCACAACUUAGUUAACACUUUCCGGAGAGAAUACAUACACGCGCUUGGCCGGAGGAGCGGAGAAAUUGCAGUAAGAUAAAUUAGCUGGGAUAAAGUACGUUUCUCUCUCUCUCUCUCUCUCUCUCUCUCUCUCUCUCUCUUUCUUUCUUCUUUUUCCCGUUACAAGUAUCCUCGGCGCAUUGUUCGGGGGCAAGACCGAAAUAAAAUAAGUGGACACGAGCUUUUGGCACGGAUUGUACCGCGCGAGGUGACGUGAACUUUUGUACGAUGUUGUACGCGACCCACCUCCCUCCUCCUUUCCUACUUUCCCCCCUUUCACCCUAAACCCUCCUAGCUACCCCGGAGGGGUUACAGAGGGUGGGUCGGGGUUUGAGCGAGGCAGAGGGGACAGAGAGGGGGAAGAGUGAACGGAGGUUCUCAUAUUUCCAGUGUUUUAAUUUUUCACGAUAUCUCUCCGCACUGCUGUCUGCAAAUUAUUUGUCAUCCUCCGUUCUAUUCUCCCUUCGCCUUCUAGCAUACUUGGAUGCCAUUCUUUUGUCGAUUCCUUCAGAGAACAAGAUGCACGACGGACGGCAAGAAGAACUUGAUUGUCGCGACUAUGACGCACGGAUCGAUAGUUAGCGCGUGUUAAAGGUGGCACAAAAAUUGCAGCAAUUUCACAAAUCUCGCGAAAGCGCUCCCUUUUUCCGUCUCGCUGUCCUUUUUGUACGACGUGUGUAAGAUGGAGGAAAGCUAUAUUCUUUAUUGUGCUCGCGGGUAAUAUCGUCGAGAAAGAGAAAUUCUUAUAUUAAUUGUAAUUAUAUAAUAUAACAAAUCUUGCUUUCA